CUGUAUUGUCUAAUUUUGUAUUGUGAUAAAAGGAAAACGCUGAAAAUUAUUAUUUUUAAUGAUUUCAAUGGUAUCAUGAUAAGUGUAUUAACUAAAUAAAACGAUAACGAUGGCUUUUUUGGAGUGGAGGAAAUUUUCAUUUUUCGACAUUCAUAAGAACGUCGACAACGGGAAAGUAGCUGAGUGCUUGCAAGACACGCAUGUAACAGCUACAACAAGUGGUAACGGUCAUGUUGUCCUGUGUGAUGUUACGGGCUGGGCCCAUCUCAUCUCUCGGUCAUGGGAGAUCACCUCGUUCAAAGCGUAUGAGUUGACCGUGACAUUAGCUCAGCAAUUACCUCAUGAUCCUUAUCUUGUUACCAUUGGGGAUGAUGAGACUGGAGUGCUACCACUGAUCAAGGUAUGGGACUGGUCGCGCAGGGACCGGCACGGGAACCCAACCUGCACGCGAGUAUCUCGCGCUGUACCAUCACACAUGAAGCCGACGCCUGCCACAGCUCUUGCUGUCCAUGAAAAUAAGAAUCUAUUAGCAGUUGGUUUCCUGGACGGGUCGGUGUCACUGUUCCGUGGCGACAUCGCGCGGCAACGUAGCGGUAAAAUGAGGACUUUGCCUGACACGGGCACUAGUCCUAUUACAGCACUCGCGUUUAAAGGCGCGGACAAGCUGUACGUGGUGUCCCGCGCGGCCGUGAGCGUGGUGUGGCUGGGCGUGGAGCGCUGCGUGGCGCUGGACUGCAUGGGCGCCGCGCCCGCCUGCGCCGUGCUCGCCGACAGCCAGAGGCUCACCAUCGCCAACAACGAGGCUCUCUACGUGUACACAACGGAAGGCCGAGGUCCUUGUUACGCCCUCGAAGGGGAGAAGGUUCGGCUCGACUGGUUCCGAAGCUACCUGGUAAUCACCAGGAAUGAGAGUCCAAGCAAGUCUACAGCAUCCACAAGCACCGCACCAAUCCCCAAGUCCCACCAUAUCACCAUACUUGACAUACAAAACAAAUUCAUAGUUUUCUCAAAAGCCUUCGAAGAAAUCGACGCCGUGUUAACAGAAUGGGGUUCUUUUUAUAUUCUGACGAAGAAUAAAGAAAUGAUAUACUUAGAAGAGAAGGAUUUGCAGUCGAAACUGACGUUGUUGUUCAAAAAGAAUCUUUAUGAUGUUGCUAUUAGGAUCGCUAGUAGCCAGCAUUAUGAUGAGGCUGGGCUCACUGAGAUCUACAAGCAGUAUGGUGAUCAUUUGUAUAGCAAGGGAGACUUGAAAGGCGCAAUAGAGCAAUAUGUCAAAACUAUUGGUUGGCUGGAAACCUCAUACGUCAUUCGCAAGUAUCUGGAGUCUCGACACUUGGAGCCCCUGGUACAAUACUUGGAGGAACUACACAAGAAGAAAGGAUGUGCCACUGAAGACCACACCACCUUACUCCUCACUUGUUAUAUGAAGAUAGACCAGCAUGACCACCAAGGGAAACUCAAGGAGUUCAUCAAUUCCAAGGAUAAAGCCAUCGAUUUUGAUGUCGAUGUUGCUAUAAAGGUGAUGCGUCAAGUAAGCGUGGACGACGCGUUAUCUCUAGCGGCGAACUACAAGCGUCAUGACUGGUACCUAAAGAUGAUGUUGGAGGACAAAAAGGAUUACCGCCAGGCGUUGGAUUACAUAGUUGAACUGGAGUUUGAGGAUGCUGAUAUGUAUAUGAAGAAAUACGGACAUAGACUCAUACAGCAUGAGCCGAGGGAGAGCACCAACUUCUUGAAAUUACUAUGCACAGACUACAAACCCCGCAGCAAGCCGCUGGUGGACGAGGCCUCACUGUCAGGGGGCGGCGUCCGAGCCUCGGCCUCCGCCCUCCCAGACGAAUACAUACAUAUGUUCCUCGCUAACUCGGAGCGCCUCAUCGACUUCCUUGAACAUAUGAUCAAGACACGAGAUGAUUGCUUCAACCUUGUCUACGAUGCUUUAAUCGAACAUUAUAUACAUGUUUGGGCAAAAUCUCCAGAGAGUGAAAAGAAGGAAUAUGAGGAGAAGAUACUGGGAGUGCUGAAGAACCCGGAGGCCAAGUAUGACAAGGACCAGACGCUCAUCAUAUGUCAGAUGCUCGGCUUCCAGGCCGGAGUGUUGUACCUAUACGAGGAGAAUAAACUUUGGCGUGCCCAGGUAGCCCUCCACCUGCGCGGCGGCGACGCGGAGGGCGCGCUGAGCGUGUGCCGGCGGCGCGGCGCGCUGUGUCCGCGGCUCUGGCUCGACGUCCUCGGGGCCUCGCCGCCUGCCUCGGCGCUUCCCGAGCUACUCAAUGUUAUAGCCAACGAGAAGCUACUGUCUCCUAUUCUAGUGGUGGACUGUCUCGCUAGCACGCCCACAUACACAUUAGGAGACGUCAGGAAGUACUUGACAGACGUGUUGAAGUCGGAGGCGGCGGUGAUCUCCCGCGAGCAGGAGCUGUCGGCGAAGUACCGCGCGGAGAGCGGGCGCAUGAAGGCGCAGGCGCGCGCGCUGCAGGAGCGGCCCGUCGUGCUGCAGGCCAGUCGCUGCGCCGUCUGCAACAAGCCGCUCGAGCUGCCCACCAUGCACUUCUUGUGCCAGCACUCCUUCCACCAGAGCUGCUUCACGACGUACGCGGAGUCCGAGAGCGAGUGCCUCGUGUGUGCGGCGUCACGGCGCCGCCCCGACGCCGCGCCCCACGCCGCCGAGGCCCUGCACGCGCGGAUACAUAACGAGCACGACCCGUGA